UUUGUUUACGAAUGUUUACUUUCAAUUGUUUUUUGGUUGUGUUUUCUCACAAUCACAAUUAUUCGUUUAUUCGUGCAUUUUGUCCAAAAACUAGCUCGAGGAUUGUUAAAAAGUUUUCUGGGAUUUCAUGGCAAGGGUUAGAGACCCCAAACCGCCACAGAAAUGAACAUGAUGCCGACUUACAUGAUGGGGCAGGGAAAUGGUCCUUAUCUACCUGUUCAAAGACAGGGACCUGGUGGUUUCAUGCAAGGGAAUUUUCCACCUAUGCAAGGACAAAAUAGUUACCAUGCAAUACCGGGCCCGCCUAACUACCCGCCUCCCGCAGGACAGGGAAAUUUUGGCCAUUAUAUGCAAGGACAUGGACCAGGUACUUUCAUGCCACCGCAGGGACCAGGGCAUUUUCUACCGGGACAGGGGCCUAUCGAUCAGUCAAGGCUGACUGAGGAAGUCAUUUCUGACAUAAAAUCUCAAGGCCUGUAUGACCAGUUUCGGAGAGAAUGCGUAUCAGAUGCUGACAUGAAACCAGCUUAUCGAAAUUUGAAACUCCGAGUCGAAAGCAAUGUAAUGAGUUUCCUGGAUGAUAUUACAUUUUCAGCAGAUUUGAAUAAGAUCCAGUUAAGAGAACUGCUUCGGAAACAUAUUACUGACUCUAAGAUAUUGGACAGCGGUGUAGAAAGAAUAGUGGAACAACUAGUUGUUUCCAAAAUUAACACAGUACUUGGUGCCAAAGUGGAGGAAGUAGUUUAUAAGCACUUGGGAAUAGAAAACCCAACACCUGCAAAACCUGAGGCAAAACCUCAAAAAGAACAAGAUAAGUCUAAAGAUAAAAAUUUAUUGCCAAAAGAUUUGAAAGCUGUAUCAUCAGAUUCAUCAAAUGGUCAUCCAUCACGUAAUAGAUCUGAGAUAAAUAAAAAAUCUACAGAGAUAGAGAAAAGUCCGGAACUUGCAUCAACACGUAAAGCUGGGAGUCCUCAUGAUGCUGAUGCUACUGAAAAUACUAUGUCAACUAAAGUAGACGGUAUAGGCUCAGAUGUAUCUGGACUCGACAGCCAGGAUGAUUCCAAUAGUUCCUCUACAAAACGUUAUUUUGUUGCAUCUGAGCGAAAUACAAAAAUGGAAAUUUCUGAAGUUAAAAAUAUGUCAGGGACAGAUGACGCUAAUAUCAAUGCUGAGAAAGGAGGUAAAGAGAAAAAUGACAACAAUAGCGCGAAAAGGAAGUCCGACUCCAAAACAUCCAAUGAUAAACACAAAGGUCAUUUAGAAAGAAAGGAUGAUAAGGACAAAUGCAAAAGCCAUCGUCAUCGCCAAUCUGGAAAGUCAGAGAAUAAAAAUAAGUCAGUUGAGAAACAUGUUAGGAAACAUUCUGAAAAUAGGGAGUCUUCCAAAACGGAUGGCAAGGAACGGGACAAGAACAUAGACAAGGCUGACCAAAAACCAAAAGAAAAUAGAGACAAAUCAGAUAGCAAAAGUGAAAAAAUUGAUAAACCGAAAGAAAAACCAGAUAAAGAGAGACCACACAAAGAAAAAGAACAUUUGAUCAAAGAUAAAAAAUUACCAGAUAAAGAUAAAGAAUCAUCUGUUAAAGGAAAAGAGAGACCAGACAAAAUUAAGUCAAGUAAAGAAAAAUCUGAAAAACAGAGAGAAAAGUCAACCAAAGAUACUUUAAAAUUUGAAAAACAUGGAGAAAAGUCGACAAAAGAUAAGAAAAAAUGUGAUAAAGAAAAGUCUGAUAAAGAAAAAUUGUCACAGAAAGAGAUGCAUCCUAAAUCAAAAUCAAUAGACAAAGAUGCACAAGAUAGAGCAGGAAGCAGCUCAAUUAAGCAUAAAAGCCUGUCAAGUUCUGGUAAAAAAGAUACCAAUGACAACAAAAAUAGUGCAAAAGAAAAAUCAUCUUCUGGAAAAAACAAAGAGUCUUCCCACAAAAAUAAACAUUCUUCUACAUGUCCCCACAAACAGCAUUACUUGGAUAAAUCGAAGGAUAGAAGUAGAUCAAGCUCCACUUCUAAAAAUAAGGAGAAAAAAAGUGGUGGAGACUUGAAAUCUUCUGGCAAAGUAAAGGAAACUGAUAACAGUAAAUCAGAUAAAAAAGAAGGAAAGAAGGUCACAGAUGAUCAUUACUCCUUAAAGGACAAAAUGUAUGAUAGACGAUCCACAGACCGAGACUCAAAUGAUGACUCAAGCAAAAAUAAUAACUUUAGAGAAGAUUUUUUGAAGUCACAAAAAGUUAACAAAGAAAGAGAGGUUAUCAAUAGCGGGUGUACUGAUUCUACUUCUGAAAAAGUGAAACAGGGAAAAAACAGUGAAACAGAAGACACAAGCACAGAUCUGUCUUAUAUUGUGGAGAAAGUAGAACAGGAACCAAUCAACUUAAAUAUUAAAGAAACAGAGAUUAUGACCAUCACAGAUAAUGGAACGGAUUCUAGCAAUUUGUCUGCUCCAGAACAAGAGCAAUAUCAUGUCGAAGCGGAAAUCACCAACGUACGAGAAGAUUCAACCAAUACCAUCACAGACAAUGAAACAGAUACAAGCAAUUUGUCUGCUCCAGAACAAGAGCAGCAAUAUCGUGUCGAACUAGAAAUCACCACACAAGAAGAUUCAACCACCACCAUCACAGACACUGGAACGGAUACAAGCAAUUUGUGUGCUCUAGAACAAGAGCAGCAAUAUCGCGCCCAACUGGAAAUCGCCAACGUACCAGAAGAUUCAAACAUCACCAUCACGGACACUGGAACAGAUACAAGCAAUUUGUCUGCUCCAGAACAAGAGAUCAUGCCAAUCCCAGACAACGGAAGUGAUUCGAGCGAUUUGUCUGCUCUCGUGAUGGAGAUCAUGUCAAUCACGCACAACGGAACCGAUUGGAGCUGUUUGUCUGCUAUAGAGACAGAGAUGAUGGCAAUCACAGACAACACAACGGAUUUGAGCAAUUUGUCUGCUCCAGAGUCAGGGAUGAUGGCAAUCACAGACAACACAACGGAUUUGAGUAAUUUGUCUGCUCCAGAGUCCGGGAUGAUGGCAUUCACAGACAACACAACAGCUUUGAGCAAUUUGUCUGCUCCAGAGACUGGGGUCAUGCCAAUCACAGACAAUACAGCGGAUUUGAGCAACUUGUCUGCUCCAUUGAUGGAGGUCAUGCCAAUCACAGACAAUACAGCGGAUUUGAGCAACUUGUCUGCUCCAGAGAUGGAGGUCAUGCCAAUCAUGGACAACGGAACUGAUUCGAGCAAUUUGUCAGCUCCAGAGAUGGAGGUCAUGCCAAUCACAGACAAUACAACGGAUUUGAGCAACUUGUCUGCUCCAGAGAUAGAGGUCAUGCCAAUCACAGACAAUACAGCGGAUUUGAGCAACUUGUCUGCUCCAGAGAUGGAGGUCAUGCCAAUCACGGACAACGAAACUGAUUCGAGCAAUUUGUCGGCUCCAGAGACGGAGAUCAUGCCAAUCACAGACACCGGAACUGAUUCGAGCUAUUUCUCUGCUUCAGAGGCAGAGACCUCUCACUCCAAAGAUCCUUUCGAGGAAGACAUCACGGCAGAACCUGAUUUCCAAGGAUUUAGCAAAGCAGAGAUUGACAGAUCGGAUGAAAUGGCUAAACGGAAAAUGUCGAAAUUAACAUUAGAUGCAGAUGACGAUGACGUCGUCUACUAUUUUGAGAAACCGAUCGAAUCUGAGGCGAAAUUGCGGAAGCUGAAUGAAAAUAUAAUGAGAGAGGAGAAGUUUAUUGAGGAGUCUAAAUGGAGACUAAAAGCACAAUUUGAUUCAGGAAUGAAAGGGAAAACUGUCAAACAAGCAGGACCGAGCGGCUCCAACUCCAAAUAUGUACAGGUAAAAUUCAUUAAUUUUUGUUCCACUUUCUCAAGAGACUUGGGAUUUGUGAAUAAUUUAACUAAUCCCAUGCUAAUUCCAAUAGAUGACGAAAACAAUGGAACAUCAAGCAGCUACAAAGAUAGAGAAUUGAUUGGCAAAAAAAGGAAGAUUUCAGAAACUGAUAACAACAAUGGCUUCAAUCGUAAGGACAAACGGGGUAAGUGCAUUGAUUUUAAAUUUACUAUACUAAAUCUAAAUUCUAAAGUUGCUAAAGAAUGCAAACGGGUAAGGUUUAGUGGAGACGAAAACCAAGACGACACUAAUAUAUGUGAUGUAACACCCUGUAAUGGUGGCAAUAAGAAUGAAAAAAGUACUGAACCAACAAUCCUGCAGAAAAGUAUUGAUUUGGCAUCCAUAAUUGGUAAACGACAAUUGGUUGUCAAAAUCAGAAGAGAGGUGAUAGAAGCACCUGCUAAUGAUCGAUUGACGUUGGAUCCUAAUAAGAAGGCCGGAACUAAUGGUUUCAAAAAACCUAACGGAAUCCCAGUACGAUCACGAAAUGCUAAACGAAAGGUUAUUAGAAGUGCUAACCAAAGAUACGCCAAGGAAGAUCUUUUCAAACCAAGACUGGAUCUCGGCAGCAGCACCUCUUCUAGAAGGCGAAAUAGUGGUCCGUCUUAGCUUUAUUAAUUUUUGUUUUUGUUUAUUUUGUUCUUUUCUCCAAUACUGUUUAUCUUGUUUGAGCACCGGUUUAUUCAUCUUCCGAUGAACUUCCUGGUAAUUGUCUACAAGGCAAAAAUGCGAAUCUAGUACCUGAUAAUUUAUCAGGAGGUGAAUAAACCGGGCAUUAGGUUAUGUUUUUGAGUUUAUUAAUAUGUAUUCGUUUAUCUCGUUCAAUUAUGUUGAGAUUUUGUAUUUUGAAUUACAUUUCGAUUCGAAAUGAU